CCCGCCUCCCGCGGCCGCCCGGAACUGCGAGCGGCGUCCGGCCAUGGUGCAGAUCGUGACCGUGAAGAGCAAACCGUACGGGGACCAGAAGCCCGGCACCAGCGGGCUGCGCAAGCGGGUGACGGUCUUCCAGAGCAAUGCCCACUACACCGAGAACUUCAUCCAGAGCAUCCUGGACACGGUGCAGGCCACGCUGGUGGUGGGGGGGGACGGCCGCUUCUACAUGAGGGACGCGAUCCACCUCAUCGUCCGCAUCGCUGCUGCCAACGGGAUCGGCCGCUUGGUCAUCGGGCAGAAUGGCAUUCUGUCCACCCCAGCAGUGUCCUGCAUCAUCAGGAAAAUCAAAGCCAUUGGUGGCAUCAUUCUGACAGCCAGCCACAACCCUGGUGGCCCCAAUGGAGAUUUUGGCAUUAAAUUCAAUAUUGCCAAUGGAGGUCCUGCUCCUGAAGGUAUCACGGAUAAAAUCUUCCAAAUCAGCAAGAAAAUUGAGGAGUAUGCCAUCUGCCCAGAUCUCCAGGUGGACCUGAGCACCAUUGGGAAACAGCAGUUUGACUUGGAGAACAAAUUUAAACCAUUUACAGAGAAGGUUGGCUUCCGAAG